AUGCUGCCCGCCUCGCGCCUGGCGCUGCGCGAGCUGGUCGACGCGCUGUGCGCGUUCGCGUGGUGCCGCCUGACCAAGUGCGGGGGCCGCGAGGUCGCCGAGCUGGUCUCCGCCGCCGUGAAGCUCAACUGCGGCGAUGAGAAGUUCUUCCACUUCGUGGGCGCCUUCUGCCGCGAGAGCCCGAGUGCUUUUGGCAGCCUCCGCGACGUAGCGCUGCUCUCGGCGUCGCUGCUCAAGCGGGCGAUCUCCCCCGUGCCCACCCAGGGAGACACCACCAGCGCCACGGAGGGCCCCAAGCUGGACUGCGCCAGCGCCUUCCACGGCCUGGCCGUCGCCGCGCUGCCGCACCUCCGCCGCUCCGACGCCGGCGAGGGCCACCUCUGCGUGCGCGACGUGGCGGAGUUCCUCUACGCCCUCGCGCACGUGCUGGACCGCAAGUGGGCGGACAGCAGCGAGCCGCUGUACCAGUGCGCGGUCUGCAGCGAGGCCAUCUCCGCCUCUGUGACCGUGGCGCGCCGGUGCCUCCACCACGCCUCUCCCCAGGACAUCGCGAAGCUGACGGGGGCCGUCGCGACGGUGUGGCCGCUGCUGGUCCAGCUGCAGAUGCCCAUCCUGCAGCCCUUCAUCACCGACCUCGCGCAAGCCGUGCGGUUCCGGCACCGCGACUUCAACGCGAAGGAUGUCGCGUCGACCGUGGUCGCCUUCGCCAAGCUGGACAGCGUGGACGACGUGGUCGCGGACGUGCUGCCCGAGCAGGUCGAGGCCAGGAUAUCAGAGUUUCCG